GUUUCUGGCUGCGAAAGAUCAGCGAUCAGCACGAAGCCGCGGAGAGCCUCAAGCGACUGGCCAAAGCUGCCGUGACGCUGAAGGGCCUCGACGACGAGGCUGUGCUGCGACGCUUGGACGAGGCCCCCAGUGCGGAGUCCUCUGCAGCUGCAAGGGACUGCCAGCUGCUCGCUCGGAGUUCGGUGCUUCGCUUGCAGACAUCUCGAAGCAUGGCCGUUUUGCAGGCGUACAUCGGCAAGCGUAUCCAAGGCGAUGGAACCGUUCUCCCUCGGCUGCCGACCCUUUGGGCUCUCUUCGUGAAAGCUGGCACUCACAUUCGAGAUGCCCUGCUCAGUGGCGAGCCCGAAGGACCGUUGAGUGGAGCUGCUGAGGCUCCGGGUCGGGGUCCCUUCCUCUGUGGACCCUUCCGUCGCCUGGCGGCCCAAAGACAGGCCUCGGUUACCAGGCACAUGGAGAUUCUGACAGAGCUCAUAUCCGAAUCGGCCGCGACGCUCUUUGAUGCGGACGACGGUCUGGACCUCCUGGGUCUGGCAGAGGACUUUUACAAGGCCGACUGCCCGAUGGAGGUGCGCCAGCAGACGGUGAAGAUCUUCCGUGCCACAGCGGCUACCAUCAGGGAGCGAUGA